UCCAGUAUAAAACCCCCUCGCGGUUUGAGCUCAUCACAGCAAACAAGUCAAACCACAGGCAAGAUGACCAGUCUCACCGUCAAGGACAAGGAAACAGUCAAGGCCUUCUGGGCCAAAGUGUCUGGAAAGUCGGAGGACAUCGGCAAAGAUGCUCUGGCCAGGAUGCUGAUCGUGUACCCGCAGACCAAGACUUACUUCGCCCACUGGAAGGACAUGAGCCCCAACUCUGCCUCAGCGAAGAAGCACGGCAUCACCGUCAUGGGUGGCGUCGCUGACGCUGUGACCAAAAUCGACGACCUGAAGGCAGGUCUGCUGAACCUGAGUGAGCUGCACGCCUUCACCCUGAGAGUGGACCCGGCCAACUUCAAGAUCCUCUCCCACAACAUCCUUGUGGUCAUGGCCAUCAUGUUCCCCAAGGACUUCACCCCUGAGGUCCACGUGUCUAUGGACAAGUUCCUUGCUGCUCUGGCUCUGGCCCUGGCCGAGAAAUACAGAUAAACAUCAGGGAGAAGAUGACGGAGACUGCAGCAUGAGCUUCAUUUGCACAAUGAAUAAUAAAAUGCAUGAAUGCAGAAACGCAAAAAAA